AUGCAAUCCAAUUAUGCUGGUUCACGAAAUGCUCACUCAACUGCAGGCACUGUCGCCUCGGGGUCAUACUCUGCGGCCAGUUCGACUUCUAUAGAUCACAAUAACGAAAGCGAUUCCGACCCUUCAGCGCCUGCCAGCAAUCAUCGAGACUCGAUCGGUUCAAUCAUCGACGAUCCUUUCUUCCAAACAUACGACCCGGCAAUUCAGGCCGCGACUGCAUCCGACGACGACGACCAGUCUGAUGGGAGCUCCAUCUACCAAUCCCUAGACGAGGACCACGAACAUCUUUUUCACGAUACCCAGGGGAACAACUUCGGCAACCCAGCUAAACCCCGCAAACGCAGGAGCGGCGCCGAAGGGAAGAAGCCCAACCCGGAGAGCGAUGAUAACGAUCCGAACCGAUAUUGGCCGCCUCCUCGUCGAGAAUCUUUGACCGCUACGCCCUCAUCGUACUGGUUUCGCGCUUUACAGUCACAAGCAUCUUCAAAUAUGGAAAGUUUCAACAUUGCCGUCAUCGGUUCCACCGGUGUUGGCAAAUCAUCAUUUGUCCAGCGGGUCCUUGGCUUGUCUCGACCACCAAUCUCCAAUGCUUCCAGUGUUCGCAUGCUGGUUGACAAUAACUCGCACACCGUGACCUUGCUCGAACUGGAUCUGGAGUACUUCGAACUCAACCCUACACAGCCUAUUCAAUGGCCAAAGCAGAUCAAUGGGCAUAUCGUUCCUCGCGUCGAUGCUGCGCUCAUUUUGUACGAUGUCACAAAUCACGACUCGGUGGCCGAGCUGCCUCAAACAUUAGCGGCCCUUACGAACUCGGGUCUUCCUGCUAGUCUUGUAGCUUGCAAAUGCGAGACCCCUGAGGGAGAAUGGCAGGUCAAUGCCGAGGCUAUGGCGAGUCACAAAUUCUUCAAAUCUUGCAUUUCCACCUACAAGAUAUCCUCAGAUGACACCGAGGUCGCCAAGGCAUGUUUACACACCAUUCUGAGGGCUGCGAUAGCACAUCGAAGAGAGGAAAACGGCGAAACAGUAUCACGCAGGAGAGCACAGUCUGCCGCUAAUUUAGAAGCUCCUGAGGUUGGCACUGGACGUCCUAUAAGCCAGCAUAGCAAACACAGCAGAGCAAGCUCUGAUUUCUCCUUGCUUAAGGGAUUUUCUAAUCCUACAACCGCCGAAAACUAUCGAAUACAGACAUCUCGCGGUUCUAGAACAGCUCAAUCCACUAGCCCCAAUCCUGAGACGGGAGAAUCAGGUCAGGCGCAGAUCAACAGCAUGCUCCGAACUCCUGGCAUUCGACUGGAUAGGCCUAGCACUGAUUCUUUCUUGGAUGUGGAGGAGUCAGAUGGGGAAUCUUAUCGUUAUUCCGACGACAUUCCAAUACUCCAGAGAAAUGAUGACAGUAUGUUGGAUAAGCAAGCUAAAAUGAUAGGGGUAUCAUUCGAUGAGCUGGUUGAUCGUCUUCUUGCCCCACGCUUGACGAGAAUAGACAACAACUUCUCUGAUGUCUUUCUGUGUCUUUAUCGCAAGUUUGCAGCUCCUGGUGAGCUCUUCACUGCUAUUUUGACCAGACUGGACAAAGUGAGGGAUGACAAGACAGCGCAUUACCUUUCAAAGACAGCAACACAACUACGCAUCAUCGAGGUGGUGGCCAAAUGGGUGUCGCUCUAUCCCGGCGACUUCGCUCGUCCUCAAACCAGACGAAAUCUGGAAGAGUUCAUAAGACAUCUGAGCACGGAGCCAAUCUUCUCUAUCGCUGCACAGCAUAUGCGGCGUCAUCUUCAAUUCAAUGUCGUGGAAGAUGACGAUACUGGCUGGGCACACUCAGACGAGAUGAGCGAUAAGCUUGCGAGCGAAAUCCUGUCAAAGGAUAUGAACGAACUGUCAUCAGGCGUGAGUGUAUUGACAGUAGAAUCGGAUACGGAUGCGAGGCCAUCUGGAAGCUCAGAAGUUUCCCUUGCCGAUCGGAGUAGCAGCCUUUCAAGCCAGGUGCAGUUUCAUACAUUUGAAGACUAUGAAAAGGCGGCGAGUUACCUGGAACCCACGGAGAACCUUCCUAUGAACAAAUUCCGUUACCACAUCUUCAUGGACAUACCGGAUGACGAUGUUGCGGACGAAUUGACGAGGAUAGAUUGGAUCAUGUUUUCGUCGAUCCGUAUUCGCGACUUUGUACGCCAUGUCAGCUUAUCUGCAUCCCAAAAGGAGAGAUGCAAGAGUUUGCGCAACGUCAACCGGAUGAUUAACCAUUUCAACCAUGUCGCCAAAUGGGUUGCUAACAUGAUAUUGCUACGAGACAAGGCCAAGCACCGAGCAUUGAUACUUGAGAAGUUCAUGAACAUUUCGUUGAAGCUACGCCAGCUAAAUAAUUACAACGGAUUGGCGGCUAUUCUGGCGGGCGUAAACGGAACAGCCAUUCAUCGAUUGAACCAUACAAGAGCACUCGUACCAGCCGAAGUGCAGAAGAGGUUCGCACGACUGGGUAUAUUGAUGGGAACUCAAAAGAGUCAUUUCGCGUAUCGAUUAGCAUGGGAAAACUCGUCCCUUCCCCGUAUUCCUUUCAUUCCUCUUCACCGACGAGACUUGGUAUCAGCAGAAGAAGGAAGUAAGACCUUUGUCGGUGCAGAUGCAGAUCGCAUCAACUGGAAGAAGUUUGAAGUAUUGGGAGAAGUCCUGCUUCCAAUUAUGAAGAGUCAAGGCGCAUCAUACCCGAAUCUGGCCAAGCAUGAUAAUGCAAGAGAGUUGAUUCUGGGUUGCCGGAUGCCAACAGACGAAGAGGACAUUUAUCAGCGAAGCGUGCAGGUUGAAAGUGGCUCAGGCGGUUUCGCAGAGCCCGCUAAAAAGAAGUUCCCGUGGUUUGCGAAGUAA